AUGACACUUAUUGGCAUCGGUGACACUCUUCAACGGCGAGUUCUUGUAAAUGCAACUGAUCUCAACAAUAUUCGCAUAAUGGCCAACAAAAUUCAACCAAUUUUUCCAAAAAUACAAGAGGAAUUCGAGUUCAAACUGAUUCCGGUCGUCCUUACACCAACUUUGGCGCCAGAAAUCGACUUGGCUUUCACUCGAAAAUUUUGUGACGUCACACUGAUCACAGCACCGUCGUCAACAUUCGGCUGGUGGUUAUCAUAUUUGUCGAAAGAGGGAUCAGUCACUUAUUAUAGAAAUAUUAUGGAGACGCAGGACAAGGUGGCAAAUGAGAUGAAGGAAGAUGAUUUCUAUCCACCGGAGUGGAUCAAGUUGAGAUAUGACAAUGUUACGGGCAGAAUUGACACAUUUUUCUGA